GUACUAAGUCUUGUAUUGUGGUGUUUGGAAAACAGCAUGUCAGUAAAGCAGUUGAAAGUACAAAUUGAGAUGAAUGUUAAAGUUUUUACACUAUCAAAUUCUGCUUAUUAGCUCUAUCUGCUCAAGAAAAAGAUAAAUGGAUUCUGUGGCUAUUUUAGUUAAAUUUUAUUGACUGUGAAAGAUGUAUUUUAAAGCUGUACAUUUUAGCUUGUAUGGUUUUUUGUGUAUAUGUUUUUAUGGACACUAAAAUGAAAGCCAAUGCAAUGUUUUUAAUAUUUGUGUUUCUAAAUGAACAUGAAAUCAUUUUGUUAGCUAUAUUUUGUUAUACUUCAAGGUCAAUAACAUAUGUUUUCAUUAUAAAACUUAACAAUGGUGAGAACUAGAAAUAUUGUUGGCUGCAAGUGUUAUAAUGUCAACAAGAGGCCAAUCAGAUGUGAUGAUAACUUAACUGUAAUAAGCAGUUUUUAGUUUGGCUGCAGCUAUGUUUUCAUCACCUGUGUGCUCAGUUAUGACACAACAAACAAUGUAACAGUACAGUGGUUUUCACAAACUCUCCUCCUAGGAGGGUAUUGCAACAUUUUGCAGGGGCACUUUGGCUAGACUGCAUUGAGCAGUUCACAAUUUUUUAAAGUAGGUUUUUGCAAGUGCCCCCAAUCUUGAAAUCAAAGCCAGACCACAACAUCAGGAGUUGCAUUCCCUACUCAAAAUAUUUCAAGACUUUUAUAGCCUUGUGAGUUUGGCAGUAACUUAAUAACAAAAAAAGUAGUGUUAUCUUGUUUGCUGUUGUGUUAAAAACCUUUUGGGUUUUUGUUAUUCCAGGAGCAGCAUAAGACACAGGGGGAUGUGACCCAGUCCCCUCGUGCCAUGGCAAAAUUUCUUAAGGAGGCUGCAAGAGUGAAACAAGUUUUAAGUGCAAACACAGAGAUCUUUGCACAGGUUGGUAUGAGUUAAUUUGCUAAACAACUAUAAUUAUGGGUUGAUUUGCUGACUUGUUGGUGGCAGCUGGUUUACUCACUGAUUGACAGACUAACUUACUGACUGACUGUCAUAACUGUCUGACUGACUAACUGAGUGUCUGAUUGACCAACCUAGCUAGCUGACUGUUUGGCAGAAAUACGUACAGACUUAUUGGCUGGUUGGAAUACACUGAAAGACUUCUUGUCUGACUGGCUGACUGACAGAGUGACAGGCAUACCAACUAACUGACUGAUAUACUGUCCAAGUGUCUGAGACUGAUUCGUACUAUUUAGCUGAUUAAAUAACCGACUGAGAGACACACCAACUGUAAGGGUUGUUGUAGAUUGUUUAGUGUUUCCAAUCAUUGGUGGGUUUGUCCUCAAAGACAGGGAGGCACAUAGACAGACUAAAAAAUAGAUUGACAGACUGACAAAUAGACCAACAGAGUGACAAAUAGAGCAGCAGACAGACCAAUAGAGUGACAGACAGGCCAAUAGAGCAACAGACAGACCAAUAGAGUGACAGACAGACCAAUAGAGUGACAGACAGACCAAUAGAGCAACAGACAGACCAAUAGAGUGACAGACUGACAAAUAGAGCAACAGACAGACCAAUAGAGUGACAGACUGACAAAUAGAGCAACAGACAGACCAAUAGAGUGACAGACUGACAAAUAGAGCAACAGAAAGACCAAUAGAGCAACAGACUGACAAAUAGAGUGACAGGCAGACCAAUAGAGUGACAGACUGACAAAUAGAGUGACAGGCAGACCAAUAGAGUGACAGACUGACAAAUAGAGUGACAGACAUACCAAUAGAGCCACAGACCGACAAAUAGAGCAGCAGACAGUCAGACACAUACAGAGAGACAGGCUGGUAAAAAGACAGAGAAACAGGCAGACGUACAGACUCAGAUAAGCAGAUAGACACACUAACAAACAGAACUAACACCACUUGGUCUUGAAAGAUUGAUUAAAUGCUAAAUCACAAGCUGUUAUCAUGCAAAUACACUGCUAACUUUUUCUUGUAGAUUGAGGGUGCGUUUGAGGAGAAGGAUUUCCGUGCUAAGGUUACACGCGAGGAAUUUGAAGAAAUGUGCAGUGACUUACUGAAAAGAGUCUCGGGUCCAGUGGAGCAGGCUCUGAAAUCUUCAGCCAUUCCAUUGGUGAGAGAAAAUGCAAUAGCAGUAGUUCUGUCAUCUCUCUGUCGUGAUAUAUUGAGGCCUUUUUGUGACCUCUUAAACUUUUCCUGUAAUAAGCUGCAUAGAGUUUCUUUGUUCGCGAAGGAACUGUGAAUAUUGUUUAUCUUUGCAGGAUGAAAUUGAAAGUGUAAUUCUCGUAGGAGGCGGAACCCGUGUACCAAAAGUGCAAGAACUACUUUUGAAAGCUGUUAAAAAGUAAGUUCUAGUUUACCAUCUUCAACAGGUUCAAUGAACUCUCAUAGCAAGCUGGAGGCUAUCCUGUCCUGAUUUCUAUGGCGUGAAGGUUACUGUUGCUACCCCUGGAAGGGGUACUUCUCUCUUAACCAUGCUCAUCAGAUAUCGACAAUUCAGUCGAUUGAUAUUUUUGUACUUUUUUUUAUAUCAGGUCAGAACUCGGAAAGAAUGUGAACGCGGAUGAGGCUGCUGCUUUAGGUAGAAAAAUUACAGUUUUGGUUAUUUGAAAUUGUUGUUUGUGCUUUCUUAGUGCCGUUCCAACAAGAGGGAAAAAAAUGGAGAGGAUCCGUCUCAACCUUUUACCUCCGUAAGAGUGAUAAGCAAGUAAUUUCUUCCCAGGUUAUCACCACUGAAUAAAACUUUCGUGUCAUGAGAAUACUGAAAGGAAAUAAUUACUAACGAAAGAAGCUCUUGAUUUUUUGACAACUUCUCCUCGUCAGUAACAUGGGGAAUGUAAAGGCCGCAGUAAGGAGAAUAUGUAUAUUGAUGUAAGGGUGCAAAGGGUUAUGGCUGAGUCACCAGCUGAAAAUGUUUUGUUCCUGUGAUUCUAACUUAGGUGGUCGGUUUUUUUUAAUUUUUGUUGAAAUUUUAUCUCCCACAAAUGCAGGCGCCGUUUAUCAAGCUGCCAAUCUUGGCAAGGGAUUCAAAGUGAAGAAAUUUCUUGUUAAGGAAGCUAACAUCUACCCAGUACAGGUUUGUAUGAUGUUUGAUAUUACUGCAAAUUCCGGCCCCUUUUUAAAUCUCUUCUUUGAAAAAAGUUGUCAUCUUACCGUUGUUUUGCUGUGGUAGUGGGAGUGGAAUUAGAAUUUAGUAACAUUUAAAAUCUGGGCAUGUUGAAGGAGCAAUGUCUCAAUUUUUCUUGUUAAACUGAACCAUGGGUGAUAGAUUUGGUUUUCUCUUCUGCUUGAAGGUGUCAUUUGAACGUGCGAAUAAGGCAGAGGAUGGAAGCCAGACUGUUAAACACGUGAAACGUAUGUUGUACCACAGAAUGAAUGUUUUGCCGCAGAAAAAAGUGAUGACGUUUAACAGACACACGGACGAUUUCAACUUCCACGCAAGCUAUACUGAUUUGGACUUCUUGAGUGAAGACGAACAGAGGUGAUGAUUUUUCUGCCACUGUUUUUAUUUCGUUUUUCGUCAUAGUCUCUAUGUAACAGAGCUGAAUAAAUGCAGGAGAACCACAGUUGAGGUCUGACUAAGGCUAAAUUUUAAUUUGGGUGUCCUUAUUCCUUUAUUCAAAUGCAUUUUUGGGAUAAUGUCCUGUGUUCUUUUUAGAGCAUCCAAGAGUCGUGUUAUAGACAAAAAAAAUUUGACUGAAUUUUUCUUUUAAAACUACCAGAUCUGAAAUCAGAUUUCCCACUAACUCUGGGUUAUCCUAACCCAGCUUUGAACAACCCUGCCCUGGGUAGAGAGAGGCACUUAAGAAUAAAGUGUUGUAAGUCAAUGUAGAGUGAUAUGUGUUGCUAACAGUCUGAAGGAUUUUCAUCCUCCUUUAUGACUACAAGAAAAUUCCAAGUUUUGCAGCUCAAAGCGGUGUUUUGUUGAUAUUAUAGCAUGCUUGGAUCAAUGAAUUUGACCACAGUGAGCGUCAAGGGGGUAGCGGCUGCGCUAGAUAAGCAUACACCGAAGGGGGAAUCAAAAGGCAUCAAGGCGUACUUUAGGAUGGACGAAAGUGGAAUUCUAAACCUGGAGAAGGUGUGUAAACGAUAAUUUAGUUGGUUAAUCAACUAAGUUGAUAAUGUCAAUUGGCCCGUGACCUUAGAGAGUUUUUCAAGCUGACGUUUCGAGACGUAGCCCUUCGCUAGCGCGAUGUUGGCUCCUGUGCAAGUGAAGUAAGAAACUUAGAAUCUUUGUAGUAAAUUUUAUUUAAACACAGAGACCUCAGAUGCCAGGCACUAAUUAGGGUUACUACGUUAGUAACAUCGUAAUCGUGAUAAUAAAUAGAGAAUAUUACUUACUCCUAGUAAACAGAUCAUAUUAUUUUUUUAGUGAACUAUCACGAGUGUUGGUUGGUCGCUCCGUCAGUCAGUCCAAUAGAAUCAUGACUUAGCAAUGUUUACAAUUUAACUGCUGUGUUAAAAGUAAUUGAAUGGCAAUCAAUUCAAAUCAAGUCUUCAAUGUUUCUAAAUUUAUCAUAGGUGGAGUCUGUGUUUGAAAAGCCUGAGGAGAAAUCGGAAGAAGAACAGUCAACGUUUGCAAGUAUGGUGUAGUACAUUUCUAUUGACAGCAACUUAGUCUUAUUUCCUGAACACCUCGUGUGAAUAAACCGUUACAUAGCUCUUUAAGCUUACAGAAAGCGAGGAGCGAAAUGGCUCCUUCUUGGCAAACACGUUGAAAGAUAGUUGGACUGUUCCUAUAUGGUUUGUGUUUGAAUUGUCGCUUUUAUUUCGACAGAAAUCGGAAGUAAAAUUUCGAGCUUCUUUGGCAGCUCAGGGGAAGAGGAAAAUAAAGAAAGUAAAGUUGAGGUAAGGGAGCUGUUGCUCAAAGUAUCAAUUAUAAAUUCAUUUUAACUUUCUUUGUGAAAAUGUCGCAUAACUUUAGGGUACAGGACGAUAUUUGUACCCUCAGUUGCUUUAAACCUCAGUUGCUUUAAAUUUUGAAUUCUCAUGACAUGCCUACUCGCAAAUACCUUAACAGUCCGGGAGAAUUGACUUUUUGAUCUAACUUGGCAAAGCGAUUUAGUAAUUGGCGUAUCGACGCUGUUGCCCCGGUUGAUUUUGGUCACGUGGCCAUCACGUGGGCACGGGAGAUGUGGAGGGAGAACGUGAGCAACUCGUGCGUUCGUUCUUGGGUGUUCUGGAUCAAUGUUUCAGCGAUGGGAAACAUGUUUAUCAGUGUACUUUCAAUUUUUUCAAUGUAAUUUCUGUUACCUCUUAAGGAAGGAGAUAAAUCCGAGGAAGCAGAAGGUGAGAAGACAGAGAAAGAGGAAACUGGAGAGGAAAAGGCAAAAACAAAGGAAGAUGAGAAACCUGAAGAAAAAGCUGCAGAAAAAGACGAGGACAAAAAACAGGAUGAGGGAAAGAAUGAGGACAAACAGGAAGAACAAGGUAAAGAAGAUGGAGAAAGAAAGAGUGAUGAAAAGAAAGAAGAAGAGGAAGAAAAAGGAGAAAAGAACGGAGAGAAGAAAGAAGAAUCCUCUGAAGCGAAAAAAGAUGGCGACAAACAGGCACGUUUAAGUUUUUAAAUGGUUUUUGAAGUUUUAAAAGUGCCAUGAGGGUAUGAGCCUCUAAGUUGUAGGCUACUUUCCAGAAAAGUCAACUUGUAAUGGCAUUUCUCAAGCAAAAAUGACAUCACCAACAAACCGAACAAGAAGACCUAAUUUUUCCAAGGUAUCAAAAAAGACUUUCAGCUAUCAUGUGCGGCAAGGUUUUAUUGCGAAAAUGUCACGAAAAACUGACCUUGUCACGCACCAAACGUCUGACGUCAUUUUACUUACAAAACAACUUCUCUCUUCGAUGUUAAGAAACACCUUAUUCUACGGUUUAACACUUAAUACGGGCGGAUAUUUUGCGAUUUGCGUAGUAAUAGAGCAAUAAGCAAAAUACCCAAAGGAGAACUUAUUAUUUCACUAUCUUUUCAAUUUCUAGUGUUUUAGCCUCAAGUUUUCGAAAUACAUCCUAUCGAUGUCAUAAGGCGUGCGCGAAAGACGAAAAUAACACAAACGAAACCGUUAAAAAAAUCUUAUGGCCAAAAAAAAUCUGAAGCGCUUAAAAAGGUUUGUUGUUUUAAAAGCGAAGCCUUAAAAAGCGCGGGGGAAAACUCAAAAUUUGGAUCGUUCAGUGCGGCCAUUUUGUUUCAAUUUCCCCUAUGGUAAAAUGGCGUUACCCUCUACUAUGGAUUUAAAACCAUUUCUUGUUCUUAAACGUUUUUUACAGGAUGAGAAGGCCGGAAACAAAACUGAAGACGCCAAGAAAGAAAAAUCCGACGCGAAUAAGCCGAGCAAACCUGUGACUGUCCGUGAACCUCUUGAGAUGGCAUUACAUUGGGUGGACGUCAGUGACACGAGCGAUGACGCGCUAUCUGCCUCUGUGAAAAAGUAAUGUGACGAAUUGUCUCGUAACGCAAUCCGUAGCAUUUUGAGUCCAUGUCAUGCACCAUCACACCUUACCACAAUCAUCCUGCAUGAUGAUUCCACCCCUUGCAAUUUUAGGGAAUUUCGUCGUUUCUCUCAUGGAGCUUAGGGAAUGUUAUGUAAUGCAUUCAUAGGCUCUAGCCGGCUGUUAUUGUGAGUUAUGUCACGCAAUUUUUGGGAACCUUUUGCGGGGCCUUGUAACUUGGACUGUGUCACUCUCAUUGUCAUUGUCAGUCGCAAUAGAUAUAGUAUUACAGUUAAUCUUAGUGAAUAUUAUGGGUAACAUAUGAUGAUUAACGUAUGAGAGAUUGCCUAAUGAAACAAAUGCUAACAGAGACCGUCCUUUAGGUUAAAAGUUUUUUUUUUAUUUUCCAAGAAAUGGUUUUGCACAGUGCUCUGUUAUAAAGUGUGACGUUUUUGAACUUAGAAAUGUCUUUUUGCAAAUGGAUUUCCUUUGUUUCGAUAGACUUAAAGACCUGCAAGCAAAGGACGAAGCAAAAGCCGCAAAUGAGAGAGCGAAGAACUUGUUAGAGACACAUAUCUAUGGCAUGAGAGAAGAACUGUUUACUGAUACAGGAGUACUACUGUCUACUGAAGAGGAGAGGGAAAAGAUUGACCAGGCCCUUAGUGAGGCCUCUGACUGGCUGGACGAUGAGGGCUGGGACUCAACUGCCGACGUAAGCAAACUUCAACGGUUGUGUUAACAUAAUUGGUGCCAGACCCCCAACAAACCACUCUCCAACUCGUCUCAAAUCUUCCCGCAGGUGGAGCAGCGCUAAUGAUGUGGACCUGUUCCCCGGCUAUAUUUUGUCGAAAGUUUUUUCCCGCGGUUUUUUCUUGCGUUGAAAUUGGUGUUGAGAUUUUAGUGUGGAACAAAGAUAUUGCCUUCUCCAUGUUUAGUUCGUCUGUUCUUUUAACCCCUUUGUUGGGUUUAAUCAGGAUUUAAGACAAGAACAUGUCGCUCUCAUUUGGAAGUCGAAGGGUCUAAAAACGUUAUUCAUGUUGUUUCAUCAGGUGUACGAGGCCAAACUGCAAAAACUAAAGGAUCAAUCCCACGAGUUCAGAAUCCGCCUAAAAGAGCACAAGGAAAGACCCAAGGCAGUAGAGAUGCUGAAGAGCAGCUUGAACCUGUCCAAAACUUUCCUAGUCCAAAUAGACAACAUUACAGACAAAGAUGAGAUUUAUACUGCAAAGGAUUUGGAGGAACUCAGCAAAUUGAUUAAUGAUACAACGGUAAGAUGGACUCUCGAAUCAGCGAGCGCUUCAGGACUGUAGCACUUCUGUAUGUGAGAAAAUUUGUCGGUGUGAAUGCAUAUACUAUUAGUUCUUCUUAAACAAGCGCGAGGAAUAUUGGCCCGAGGUCGUGGCGGUACGGAUCGAGCGCUGGGAGGUCCGCACUUCCACGACCUUGGGCUAUUAUUCCCCAGUACUGCUCGAGCAAACGAGUUUAGUGCGUAGUUUAUUAUAUGGCACUGGGGCCAAAUUUAUUUGUUUAGAAUUUUGCUGGCUUUCGUCAAAAUACACGAUUUAUAACCGUUUCCGUGGAAAUGGUCCGUACAACAAAGUAUGGACCAAGUAAGAACUUACCAGAACGCUUGGAUUUACCCUACCCCUCCUUGCCAUUUAAUAAAUGACAUUUAGGUCCUACAAUGGGUAAUCAUUUACCACCCCUGUCAAUUUUCCUCCUUGUAAAAUGGCCGCUGCCGCAACGCAGUCUCUUUCCCCGUUCUGCAUGCAUGAUAAGAAAAAUAAUUUUAACCCCCAAUUUCAGCCCAUCCUUCUUUCUUGAUUUCAUUAGGAAUGGAUGGAAAAGAACGAAAAGAAACAAAAGGAAGCAAAACCCAGCGAUAAGCCAGUCUUCCUAGUAAAGGACAUCGAAAUUAAGCAAGGCAAAAUCGACCGUGAGUUGGUUUAUCUUUUAAACAAGGCCAAGUAUUACGUGCCUAAGCCAAAGGUCAACGAAACAGGUAUGAAUCAUGAGGUAUUUACCCUUGUUUUACGUGACAAUCGUGCGAUUUUUACGCGCUAAAAGAACUAACAUGAAUUAGGAUUGAUAAGAAUUGAUAAGUUAUAUUCUUUUAUAAAUCAUUUGUCUCUUUACUCAACUGUUUAUUUUUUAUUCGUGUGUUUAUUUCAUUUAUCUAGUUGUGAUCAUUGUUUUGUUACAGACCGAAAGACCAGGAAAAUAGUAACCUCAGCAAAUACUCAAGGCAGGGGCUAGGGAAGUCUGUUUGCUUAGGUUCAGGGAGAGGAGGGAAGGUAGUUUAGCUGUGAUGGAAAGGUAUUCCUCUAAAUGGGAGACGCCCUCCACGGUUAAGGGAGAGAACCGUUUUUUUUGUUGUACUUAAACAAAUUUUGGAUUUUUUUCUUUACUAUUCAGCGUCAAACACGACAAAACCCAAAACGGAUACUAAGAAAGAAAAACAAGAAAAAGGCAACAAAGCUGAAGGAGCGAGUGCAGAUAAAAAAGAAGAUGAAAAAGACAAGGACGAGAAAAAAUCUAAAGAUAAUGCGAAGGAAGAUGAAAAGAAAAAGGAGGAAAGUAUGGGAAAACAAGAAAAACCUGACGAGUCAAAUAAGAAACAGAGUGAACAAGAUAAAAAAGAAUCGGACGAGGCAGAGCCUCUGCCUCUCCCUGGCUCCGAGGCUGAGUCCUCGACAUCUGGUGAGCCCGCGGACAGCUCUAGCUCAUCAGAAGGAAAUAAUUCAAAACAAAAUGCAGAGUCAUCUGAUAGCAGCUCUAACAAAAAACCUAGCGACGAAUUAUGAUAGAAUAUUCUAAAUGGCUUAAAAACUGAUAGUUUGUAAAAUAUUUCGCAAGUUUUAAUAAUGUGGACGUAUAACUUAUUGAGAGAUAUUGCAGCGGUGUAAUCAACUCUCUGCGUGGUGAUUUCUCAAACUCAGCUCUGAUUCACAGAGGUUUGCUGUCUUUCGUGCUUUGGAAUGCAUGAAAUUGUUCUUCUGAAAUAGAACUUGCACUAAGAUGUUUGUCAAACUUUGCCAAUACAUUGUUUUUAUUAUAGGAACUUAAAUUUUGAAAUAAAACCGAUUGGUUCCCUCACCCGUCUAGGAGCCUUAAGCUUUCGCAACACUUUCUCGUUAUAAGCAUUUCAAUCCCAAGAUCUUAAGAGAGAUACUGGGAAUUAGUCUAUUUAUUCUGCACUGACAGAAAGUUGUUGCGUGAACAAGUACGUGCGCACGUGAUAAUGGCCUAUCGUAAUUUUAACGACAGAAUGACGAUGUACCUCGUGGGACAGCUUCGGUCAGAGAAAAAAAGAUACGCCAA